AUGGUUCAAUCGGAGAGUAGUGGCAUUGAGAAAUGGCUUGAAGAAAACAAAUUUGCCCAGUUCCUGUUUAAAAUUGGAAAUUACAUUCCAGUAGUGUUUCUAAUAGCAUUAGUUUCUUGGUCUUAUUAUGCUUUCGUGAUUCGUUUAUGCCUUCUAUAUCUGCUAAACGUAAAUCCUACCCAAGGAGUGGUGUAUCUCGUUCUCUACCAUCCACUUCUUGUAUUAAUGAUGUGGAGUUAUUUCAAAGCUACACUAACUUCACCCGGAUAUUCUACCGAUCCACCGAUAGCUGGCUCAAAAGGUUCACAUCAAUCAAUUUCCUAUCAUUCCGUGGAACAACGCAGAUCUAACUCUGCUCAAAAUAGUAUUGAUAGUAAUUCACCAAUUCACCUCGAUGACAUAGAAAAUAGAGAUAGUUCAUUUGACGUUCCUGCCACUAAAUCCAAAACCAUUGUUUUGGAUGAAAAUGGAAACCCUGUAUCCGUGGGGUCAAUAAUGGUAAAGCAGAGUGGUGAAAAAAGAUAUUGCCAAAAAUGCCAACACGAUAAGCCUGAUAGAACACAUCACUGUAGAGUGUGUUUUAAAGAUGGAUCAGUGAGUACUAUUAAUAUUAAUC